GUCAUUUGGAAAUUUAGACCUUGGUGUGGAGAAGCCGUUAAAGUGGACGAGGUUGAGGAUGAUGAAGGGUGAAUAACCUCCCGGACUCCUUACUUUACAUAGCUAUAUAUUUAUCAAACUGGAGAUGCACAUACUGAACAUAAUAUUGGAAAGCUUAUAAAAGUGAGCUGUUACAGGUACAAGCGCCUCGUGUGCAUGGUGUUAAGUAUCAGGGGUCUGUUGGAGAUUUGCUUAUUGACGCUUGUGUAAUAUAGAUUACUUAAGAGUCACCUCCUCUUUAGCUUCCUCGACAGUAUGUUUUGCCUCACACACACAGACACACACAUGAGAGGAACUAUGUUUGCGCUGUAGUCAGUUUAUCUCCUCGGUGAGAUCAGUGAGCGGUUAAGAAGAGUUCCUCUUGUAUCGAGCGCUUAUUUUGGAUUGGCGGAUCGAUCCGGUUUGUGCGCCCUCGCGCCACAACGUGACAUUGGCGACGCCGCGCGCUCAACAGACUGGCGGGCUGCUGCUCGGGAACUAUGGAGGAGAAAGCGAAGGGUGACAGCGGCAAGGAGCAAGACGCGACCUCUACAUCUUAUCAGCGGAGGAUGUGGAAGAAUUUCCAGGAAAAGACAAAACCGUUUUUGAGCCCUAAACUGGGCUCGGAAAGACGCAGCGCGGACGGCAAGAAAGAGAGUGGCUUGUGGAUGUUCAAACGGAAAAAGAAACCGGUUCUGGACCGAAUCUUUUCAUCCUCUCAGCCGAACCUGAGCAGCUCGAAUCCCGCGUCUCUGCAAGGCGACAAAGCGGAACCGAAAUGCAGUGAAGGAUCAGGGAAGCCACCGCUCGCUGGUGUAGAAGGAGCUGCUGCAAUGGCACAUAUUUACAUACAUGAGGUUUCGGUGUCGGCCCACAGCAGCCCGCGGCUCAGUGUGGCUCAUUUAACCGCGACUCAGCCCAAAAGCUCGUCCUUGGGCUCGGCGUGCUUCGAAAAGCUGGUGCUGGACUCGGCGGCCGCUUCCGGUCAGGACGAGCUGAGCAAAAACGCCAGCGACUCGGGCAUCAACACUGUAGAGCCGAGUAAUGCAGAGCCGCCUGCCCUCAUCAGCUCCGGGAUGUACCAGCUGGACAUUGUGCUGAAGAAGGGCAUCAGUCUUGCCAUUCGAGACCGAGGAGGCACCAGUGACCCUUAUGUGAAGUUUAAGAUCGCAGGGAAAGAGGUUUUCCGCAGCAAGACCAUUCAUAAGAAUCUGAACCCGGUAUGGGAUGAGAAAGUGACCCUGCUGGUGGAUAAUAUAAGAGAACCUCUCUAUGUUAAGGUCUUUGAUUAUGACUUUGGCCUGCAGGAUGACUUCAUGGGCUCAGCAUACCUUUACCUGGAGUCCCUGGAACAACAUAGGACCCUGGACGUGACCCUUGACCUGAAGGACCCCCACUAUCCUGACCAUGACCUGGGCUCUCUGGAACUAGCGGUAACACUCACUCCUAAGGAAGGGGACCUCAGGGAAGCUACCAUGCUUUUGAGAAGGAGCUGGAAAAGAUCCAGUAAGUACCAGAGUCUGAGGUUAUCAGAUGUCCACAGGAAAGCUCAGCUGUGGAGAGGAAUUGUCAGUAUCAGUUUAAUCGAGGGUUGUAACCUCCAGCCAAUGGACACGAACGGCUUGAGUGACCCGUACGUCAAAUUCAGGAUGGGUCACCAGAAGUACAAAAGCAAGACAAUACACAAAUCGUUGAACCCUCAGUGGAGAGAACAGUUUGAUUUUCAUUUGUAUGAUGAGGGAGGCGGAUUUAUAGACAUCACUGUGUGGGACAGAGACGCUGGCAAGAGAGACGACUUCAUGGGCAGGUGCCAGGUGGACCUCUCGCUCCUGUCUAAGGAGUGCACACACAAGCUGGACCUGCCCCUGGAGGAGGGCGAGGGCAUGCUGGUGCUACUGGUCACCCUCACCGCUUCAGCCGCUGUCUCCAUCUCAGACCUUUCUGUCAAUAUGUUUGACGACCCGCAUGAGAGGAGAGAGAUUCUGCACAGAUAUAGUCUGCUAAGAUCCUUUCACAACAUUAAAGACGUCGGUGUAGUGCAGGUGAAAGUCAUCCGGGCAGAGGGACUGAUGGCAGCUGAUGUUACAGGCAAGAGUGACCCCUUCUGUGUCGUGGAGCUCAGCAAUGAUCGUUUACAGACACACACAGUGUACAAGAACCUGAAUCCUGAGUGGAAUAAAGUCUUCACAUUCAACGUGAAAGACAUCCACUCCGUGCUGGAGGUUACGGUCUAUGACGAAGAUCGGGACCGAAGUGCUGACUUCCUGGGCAAAGUUGCUAUUCCUCUGCUAAGCAUCCAAAAUGGUGAACGGAAAGCUUACGCCUUGAAAAGCAAGGAGCUGACAGGGCCAACAAAAGGGGUCAUCUUUCUCGAAAUAGACGUGAUUUAUAAUGCUGUUAAAGCGGGACUAAGGACGCUGAUACCCAUCGAGCAGAAAUAUAUCGAAGAAGAGCCUCGAGUUUCCAAACAGUUGCUCCUGCAGAACUUUAACCGGGUGCGGCGCUGCAUCAUGUUCCUCAUUAACACUGGCUGCUACAUCAACAGCUGCUUCGAGUGGGAGUCUCCUCAGAGGAGCAUCUGUGCUUUCCUUCUCUUCAUAGUGGUGGUGUGGAACUUUGAGCUCUACAUGAUCCCGCUGGCUCUGCUGCUCCUGCUGGCCUGGAAUUAUGUCCUCAUCGCUUCGGGAAAGGACAACAGACAGGGAGACGUGCAAGCGGUGGAGGAUUUGCUGGAGGGUGAGGAUGAGGACUUUGACAGAGAUGACAAGGUGCCGGGCUCUGCCCCCUCCCAUGAUGGCCGUCUGCCCGGAAGCCAUAUCCUUGAGGAUAUUUUGGCUUCCUGGCAUUUUGAAUGGAUUCGCGUGAUGGUGGACUCAGAGAGAAAAGGAUUCAUGAACAAGUUGUAUGCCAUUCAGGAUGUUUGCAUCAGUGUGCAAAGUGCUCUGGAUGAAGUGGCCUCCUACGGCGAGAGGAUAAAAAAUACUUUCAACUGGACUGUGCCUUUUCUCAGCUGGCUGGCCAUAGUGUCGCUGUGUGUGGCCAUGCUUAUAGUUUACUUCAUUCCUCUCAGAUACAUCAUCCUGGCCUGGGGGGUGAAUAAAUUCACGAAGAAGCUGCGAGACCCGUACAACAUUGACAACAACGAGCUGCUGGACUUCCUCUCCAGAGUGCCCUCCGAUGUGCAAGUGGUGCAGUACCGAGAGCUGAAACUGGAUCCAAGUCACAGCCCAAAUAAGAGAAAGAAAAAUAACCCAGGAUAGCUCUCUUCCUUCUCCCAUGGACUCAGAUUUAGCAUGCCAAGGACCGGCACUGAUUUGGACCGGCUAGGUGUUCUUCCUUCCUUUCUUUCCUUCUCUCUCUCUUUCUCUCUCUCUAAUCCUCUGUUUCUCGACAGAGGAGCACAAACGGUGAAUGUGAAAACAGAGGAGCACUUUUAAUUAUUACCAUGAGGGUUUCCGCCAUACUUGUUUACUUUUAGUGCAGAGGAGAGUGUGAAAAACUCUUGACCCCUUUUAGAGUCGUACGGCAGGAGCAAUUUGUCACUGGCUGGCAUCAGGCAGAUGGCUCUAAAAGCCAAGGUGUCCUUCCAGCGCAGCAGAGGGAGACCAGAGACAGGGAAUGGCUUCAGCCACAAAUAGCAGGAUCAGCUGAUAACACCGCCAGCCACAGUGGCACAUCACGUCUCUAUCUUGGAGGGGAAAUAUGAUGGUUAGGUUGCAGUUUGCACCCUGUAAUUUCCACAAUGUGGUGAGGCUGUGCGCUGUAACCCGACGUCCUCCAGAGCAGUUAUUAGAGUUGUCAGCUAAGCCUCUUUACAGUUCGAUUUAUAGCUGUAACUAAAGUGUUUGGGGGGAAAAUAACAACUGCCUGGCCCGAGAGCCAGUAUUUAUUCAUCUAGGAUAUUUGUUUUAGGUAAUCAGGUUAUUUUAAGGGGAUGAAUGAUGCAUGCUCGGUUUUCUUGCGGUAAAAAAAGACUGACGUGUUUACAGGAGGCAUAUUAGUUUUGGUGACAAAAUCCAUUUUGGUUACUGAACACUAGCCCACACUAAAUCUUUUCCCAGACUCCCCAACCCCCCCUCGCCACAAUGCAGUGUGCCCGGGUCUCCACGAGGUGCCACCCUGCUAAUAUGGAUGUCAUUGUGGGUGGGCAGAACAGAGGGUGUUGUAGCGUGUACACCACGUGCUAAUCAAGCUACAAAGGCAUCUCUUUUCCACUGUUUACUGUAGAUUCGGUUUCUAAAACCAAUGACAGGCGGCCAAACUUUGAGGGCAGCUUUGUGGGUGUCUUCAUUGUAGGGAAUAGCUUUCUUGAAAAUGUCAAUAGUGUGUGACAAGCUGCUUCAGGGACUUGGCAGGGGUGCGGCGCAGGGCAGGAGUUUACCACCGUCACUGUGGAGGGAAGAGGACCAAGAGGGCGUAGCAUGCUCUUUUUUUCUGAACCCUUUCUGAAUUUGGCACGCCAUGCUUUCUCCUCUCCUUCAUCCGUACGGUUGAGCGAGAGGUCACGGCUCGGCCUGUAGGGAGCCUCCUGAGGGAUCUCUGGUGAGCAAGUGUUGAAAGAUCACAGCAUCAUCAGAGGAGGCUUCUAUUCAAGUUCGGUCCUUCCAUGAAGAGUUAAAAAAAAAAAUACACUCCCUUAUGGCUGCUUUUCUAUAAGCACAUCUGUCAUAUGGAAAGCCCAUUGAUUUGUUUGAAAGCAUUUUCUUACAAAGACAACACACUCCCCAUUGACCAAGACACUGAUGGUACCGAAGUGAUCUCCAUUAAAAAAAAAAGGACUUCUUUAAGAAAUGUUUGAGAACUGUUGAAGGAGCGAUUAAUCUAAGCCUGAGUGUGUAUGUGCUGUUCAACUUUCUUUUAAUUGUUCAGUAGACGUGUUGUAUGGCUUGCGCAUCUCCCAUCCAAAAACUGUUUUCAGUCUUGUUUUCAGAAUGCUACAUUUGCAAGCAAACCAAAGUGGACCUUUUUAACAUCGUCAAUGUAGAAUGUAACAUUUCCAUAAAAGGCAAAAAGGAAAAAAGGUUACAGCACUUUUAUUUGCACUGAUUUUUAAAUGUUUUGUUUUGAAUUGAUGUAAAUAUAUAUAUUACAAUAUGCUUGUAAAUGGAUAAGAGAUAUUUAUGAUGUAUAGCUCUGUGUGUCACUUCCCUUAAAGAUGUUUAAUGAUAUUUGCGCUGGUUCCAUCAUCACUAAGCUCUCAGAGGUCACAUGAGGUGUGGGGAAAUAAUGCAGGUAAAGGUGGAAAGUGAGAGCGCCGCUAAAAUAUUUCAGUAAAUGCCUCCGAUGAAUGUUCAUUUUAAGAAAGAGAUGAAGAUUAUUAAAUAUUU